AUGCCAAUUAAAUCUAAAGCAAACGAAGUGGCCAAUCCAGAAAAGGCGGUGGCUAAAAAAGAGACUCCCAAGAUGCCGAUUAAACAACUUAAAAAGGGUACUCCAAAGGAGAUAAAGGACAAGGAAAAUACCGGCGAGGAUAAUACCCCGAAGCAAAGGAAAACAGGAAGACCUGGCAGACCAGCUUCUAAGCGAAAGAAUCUAGAUACCCCAGAAAUGAAAGGCGAGAAUAUUGCGGCAGAGGAUGAGAAUCCCCCGAAGCGCAGGAGUGCCAGGGUCACAAGGAGCACGCGAUCCAUGGCAGAAGAUGGGCCUCCAUCCCCGGAAAACGCCGCAACGCCCGAAAAGCGCAAAAAGGCCGAGAAGCUGCCUUUUAUCAAGUACACGGGGGCCAUCAAGUACUACACGGAGAACCAGGAUAUAGCCUCAUCCGCCGACGAAGUUUUGCAAUGGGUGGAAAAGCAGAAGGAAGAGGUAGUUCCCAUGGCCUUCGACAUGGAGUGGCCCUUCUCCUUCCAAACCGGUCCCGGCAAGUCAGCCGUCAUCCAGAUCUGCGUGGACGAGAAGUGCUGCUAUAUUUACCAGCUGACGAAUCUCAAGAAACUCCCAGCGGUCUUGGUGGCCCUUAUCAAUCAUCCCAAAGUGCGAUUGCAUGGCGUGAACAUAAAGAACGACUUGCGAAAGCUAGCUCGUGACUUUCCCGAGGUUUCCGCUGAUCCGUUGAUCGAGAAAUGCCGAGACUUGGGCCCCUGGUGCAACGAGGUCUGUGGAACCGGCGGUCGAUGGAGCCUGGAGCGUUUGACCAACUUUAUAGCCAAGAAGAGCCAGGAUAAAAGCAAGAAGGUGCGCAUGAGCAAGUGGCAUGUCAUUCCGCUGGACGAGAAUCAACUGAUGUACGCUGCCAUCGAUGUCUAUAUUGGUCAAGUUAUCUACCGCGAAUUGGAGCGACGCGAGAAGGAAAAGCUUAAAAAUGAAGAAGAAUUUAAGGAGGCGAACGGGGAUGCUGCCUUUAAAGCCGUAAAAGCAUUGGGUGAAACAUUCCUUACCAAGAUCAACGAGGUGACUCUUUGAACUAUUUAAGGAUGCAAUUUAUAUUUACAAAUUUUCACUUUUAUAGUUAAUUAGGGGUUUUCCAAUUUAAUUAUGUUAUAUUUGUACAAUCUCAACUUUUUAACUUGCAUUUGAUAUGAUCUUAAUAUUAUUGACAUUUAAAGAACUGUUUAUAUAGACUAGAAUUAACAAAUUUUACAACUUGUUGAUUAUUUCAAUCUUAACUAUGUUUGAGUCCCCCCAAAAUUAGCUUUAGAAUAAUCAAUUUUCUACAUUUCUCAACUU